AUGUCUACUCUUGUUCUAUAUAGAUCGUAUUCAGAGGAGAAGCUCCAAGAAAACCUUGACGCUGAGAUUUUUGGAGUGCUACUCGAGGAGGCCAGAGAAGCUUAUGACGAGGAAAUUGUGGUUGAACUCGAAAGCGAGACAGACGAUGCGAUUGAGAGCAAUUGCCAGCGUAUAAAAUCGUGGAUAGAUUUCUGGAAGCAAUCGCAUGCCACAGGGUCAGAUUGA